AUGUACUUUUAUGGAUAUUUAACAUGCAAUGGAAAUCGAAUUAUAUCUGAUCAAAUGACUUGUGCUCAACCUCCAGACUCAGUUAUUUCACUAUAAUCUCCUUGGUGCUCAAGUAUAAACUUAAUAAUAUUGUAAAUUGUGAAGUAGCUGUAAUGAAGAUAAAAUUUUAAGAUGAUCCCUAUUUGAUUUCCCCCUAAAUCCAAAUUUCUUUUCAACUUAACUUGAUAUCAACGAUUGCUUUAAACUCCUAAGCGAGAUUACUCUAUCAAAAUUUGGAAUAAAUCCAAAAUGUAAUAUAGAUCCAGACAAUUAACAACAAUAAAUUUUGA